CCGAGGUUGCUCUCCGAGUUGGUAUAACACGGGGAUCAAUAUGUAGAUCUAUCGUAGUCAAGAUGGCCGGGUUUUGGGGACUCCUACAGUCACGAGUCCGGGCGAAGAGAGGGUUAAGUUAUACCCAUUUUCUGGACCGACAUACAGGCGAGGAGGCACCGUCGGGUGUGGAGUCGACUUUGUGAAAGGCGUCAUCAUUUUCGCCAAGAACGGUGUGCUUCUCGGUAAGCGCCCGUCUUCCUUUCCUGUAUUCUCUUCCGUUGACUGUUUCCCGUCGUUAUGAUAGCGAGAGAACGAUGUGGAUCAAGGCCAAUUUUGGGACGGACCCAACCAAAUCCUUCAAGUACGAUCCAAGUCAGUACGGAGAGAGGCAGUGGCCGCGCCCGGGAUUGUGUAAUGUCCCAUGGAUAUACAAAGACCCGGGUCUCUGCACAGCCUGGACGCACUCCGCCCUCGAGAUUCCAACACGAAAUGGUUCAAGUUAUCCUUGAUCAGUCUCAGCUCCUAGCCACAUCAGAAAUUCUGAUACUCCUGCUCCCAAUUGCCCCUGCCCCUCUCCUGCUCGACGAAAGCCUCUCCUGCAUGAAGAUUCUUUAAGCGAGCACUAUCAGCAUGCGGCUUAAAAAGGGGAGGAACCUGCAAGCGCAGGCGUUGGGCAACACCCGCGCAAGUGCGGAGUCCCGGUAUGUGCACAUAGGCUACUCGAAGCCGCAUAUGCUGGCUACAACGAUCGUCCGAUGAGGCAUGCGCGUGGCCAUAUCACACCGAUACUCCAUAACACGCCUCAAACCUGCUUCAUUGCUUG